AUGGCUGAAUCAAAAGAAAUUGAUACAGAGUCUUUUUCAAAGACAAUUGAAGAGAUUUCCCUGCGUCAUAAAAAAGAAUUGAAAGAACUCAACUGCCAAAUUACCUCUUUAAGAAAAACGGUAACGAAAGGAGACAAAAAACGUAAAAAAGAAGUUCAAAAUGAGAUCAAAAAGCUUGAGGAGGAUCUUCGA